CACAAAUCGCGCAUGUCGGCUUCCGUCCCCUAUACCUCGGUGCGGAAGUGUUUCCCCCGAGCUGCCACUGUUUGUGUCGUUGCUUCACUUGCACUUUUCUGCUGUUUAUGUAUAUUCUGCAGGGACUUGUCAACUCUCAAUAGGAUCGUGUAGAGCGGUUUUACACGCGUGAAUUAUGCGAGCGGCUUGAAAAGAGAACUGAGUCUCUUUGAGUCAUCUAUAUGGGCCAUCUUCUCUCUAAAAAUGGUUACCGCCUGAAGAAAAGAACCACCAAGCAACAUCACAGAAAGAAGAAGAAGAGGAAUUGCUUCCUGCAGGGGCCCUGCAUGCUGUGCUUCAUCAUCCACGGCAACGGAAACAGCGUUGACGACGACAGCUACCACCUUGAAACCGCCAUCAACGGCAGCGGCGGACACUGUCUCGGCAACGGUGGUAUCAGCGUCCCGUACGUCGGGGGGGUUGACAUCAGCGCGGCUGCUGCCUCGAAGCUCGCUGGGCGCUACGCAGUACUAGCGUCCCCCGAGGACUGCGCCAAGUUCCUGUUGUCGCCCCGGGACCUGGCUAUCUGGGAAGGCCAGGGGAGGUCUCUGCUGUCUACGGUCCCCGCCAAGCUGAUCCCAGGGCCGGCCAUCUUCCGGUCUGCAGGGGUGUCUGUGGCCGUGCCAAUACCUACUGUGGGCAGCACCAGCCACUACACUGAGAUGGUGUGUAAGAGGAAGUGUUCAGAGGUGCAGAGGUGUUCCCCCUGUAAGCAGCCCCGCUGUGCCUUCCCCGGCCCAGACGGAGGGCUGGAGAACGGACUGGGAGUCUCGUCGGGGGGGGGGGAGGCCUCCUCGGACGCUGGAACGGGGCACUGCCACCUCCCCCACUGCCCACUCCCUUCCUCGCCCGCAUGCUCCUCCACCUCUCCCCCGUCCUCUUCCUCCUCCUCACCACCCGAUGGCUGCGGUGGGGUGGCACUCCAUGGCGAUUCAUCCCAGAGCUCCGACUCUGCCUGCUGCCAACACCCUCACGAGGACGGCCACGUCAAGGCGCCAGACGCUGUGGAGGCGCUAAGGAUCAACCAUCUCCCCUCCUCCAUCCUGCUCAAGGUGCUUGCCCACCUGACGGUGAAGGAACGCUGUCUCUGUGCCUCUCUGGUGUGUAAGUACUGGAGGGACCUCUGCCUAGACUUCCAGUUCUGGAAGCAAAUUGACCUCAGUGGCCUGCAGCAGGUGAAUGACGACCUGCUAGUGAAGAUAGCCUCUCGGAGGCAGAACGUGACCGAGAUCAACAUCUCGGACUGUCGGGGCGUCCAGGACCACGGGGUGUGCUCACUGGCGUCCCACUGCCCCGGCCUCCAGAAGUACACCGCCUAUCGCUGCAAGCAGCUGGGAGACCUGUCCCUGUCCGCCCUGGCCUCACAUUGCCCCCUGCUGGUGAAGGUGCAUGUUGGCAACCAAGACAAACUUACCGACGACGCGCUGAAAAAGCUGGGAGAGCAUUGCAGUGAGCUGAAGGAUGUGCACUUGGGCCAGUGUUACAGCAUCACGGACGAGGGCGUGGUGGCUCUGGCCAUGGGUUGCCCCAAGCUGCAGAGAAUCUACAUGCAAGAGAACAAACUGGUGACCGACCGGUCUGUGCAGGCCGUGGCAGAGCACUGUCCGGAGCUGCAGUUUGUGGGCUUCAUGGGCUGCCCCGUGACGUCACAGGGGGUCAUCCACCUCACCGGGCUCCGCAGUCUGAGCAUCCUGGACCUGCGGCACAUCUCGGAGCUCAACAAUGAGACGGUGAUGGAGGUGGUGAGGAAGUGCCACAACCUCAGCUCACUCAACCUCUGCCUCAACUGGAGCAUCAAUGACAGGUGUGUGGAGAUCAUCGCCAAGGAGGGGAGGAGUCUCAAGGAGCUGUAUCUUGUCUCCUGUAAAAUCACAGACCACGCGCUGAUAGCGAUCGGCCAGUACAGCAGCACCAUCGAGACGGUGGACGCCGGCUGGUGCAAAGACAUAACGGACCAGGGCGCCACGCAGAUCGCCCAGAGCAGCAAGUCCCUUCGUUACCUGGGUCUCAUGAGAUGUGACAAGGUGAACGAGGAGACAGUGGAGAGGCUGGUUGUGCAGUACCCUCACAUCGUGUUCAGCACGGUGAUGCAGGACUGCAAGAGAACGCUUGAGAGAGCCUAUCAGAUGGGAUGGAGCCCCAACACAUCCAACGCCUUGUAGCUACUGGAAGAACUAAACACAAACACACCCACACACUCACAUAUAUAUAUACACACACACACAGUUGACAGACUCAUAAAUAUGACGAUGAAAAUGGACCCAAACACACCCUCAUACAAAACAAUCUCUUCAUAAUCCAACCUAGAAACAUGUCAUGCAUGUUUGUUUUUCAUUGAGUGUUCAAACUUACACACACACACACACACACACACACACACACACACACACACACACACACACACACACACACACACACACAGUGGCGAUGGGUCAAUAGAGGGCUCUAGGGAGCCGGCCCUCCGUGAAAUAUUCACUUCAAUAUAUCUGCCAACUAUUAAUAAACUUAUCAAAAUCAACAAAAAUACAUAGCGUUUAUCCUCGUUUUAUUGUGUGAUAUACUUGUCACUGCCAGCAACCAUUUAAAUGCAUGUGAACGUCAAUGAUUUGGGCUAGGCUAGUUAUUGGUCAUUCCAAAUAAAGCCCUCCUCCAAGUCAGGGGCGCCGGCCACGUUGAAGUCAAUGUAAGCACGCUAACUUUUUGCUGUCUAUCAAGCAGAGACAGCUUUUCAUUGGCGCAAGAAAAUUUGCCGUCGGGUCGCACCAGUUUGCGCCCCACGCCAAUGGUAUCGCUUUUCUUUUUUGGUAUCACCACAUGACUGGACAAUUCGGCGAAUCAACCAAAUAGGCUACCUCCCUCAGCAGCAUUCGCGCACCACAACCACAUGUAGAGAAGAGAGAUCGCGAACUAGCAGAGAGUUGUAAGCACUUUCCACCAUUUUCACUGGAGGAAUUGGACUCCCCAAGCAAUGUUAUACUUAAAAGGAGCAAGUAAGUUACAUAUUAAUUUAGUCUUUCGGCCUGUAGCAUAUAAACAAAAAAUGAAGUAACUGUCCCAUAUUUCUAACCGCAUUUGAAGUGGACAUUGAGACUCACAAAAAAUGGACGCUAUAGGACAGUGAUCAUGAUUUGUCUCAAUAUCAGAAUAACAACAAUGGAUAAAAUAGAAAUGGCUGGUGGAAUGGCAAUGAGGUAGGUCUGUAUAUGCAGUGUUAGCUUGUCCAGGCCCUGCAAGUCAGGAUGUAGGCUAUGAAUCUGAAUGAAUAGUAGGUAAAUAUGUAGUGGCCAUCCCCAAAAUGCACCAGAAUACAGGAAAUCGAAUCUAUUCAAUUACAUUUUUUUUAUGGGGGGGGGGGGACCCCAGACCCCCCACCCCGAGACCCCCUGUCUAUUACUGUGCCCCACCAACAUUUUUGAUCACCAGCCGCCACUGCACACACACACACACACACACACACACACACACACACACACACACACACACACACACACACACACACACACACACACACACACACGUGCAUACCCUCAUAGGUUGUUACAUUUAUAUUUGUUUAAUUUUAGCCAUUGUUGACUUUUAAAUGUUUGUUUUAUUAUUUUUUAACUUCUACUUCUGUCAAAGUAUAUUUCAAGUACGAUGCAAAUGUGUAUAGGCUGUGUAUGUGUGCAUCCUUAGUUGAUGGACGCUGGGUUGGAGUGUUUUAUCACCACUAUAGGGUUCAUCCAUGUAGUGAGGCUCCAGCAGUGUGGUCAGUGCAUCAGCAGCUGGAGGCUGGGUAUGAUAUCAAGCCCCUCGUGAGCACUGCUCAGUGGAGGACUUUUCAGGACUUAGUCACACUGAGCACUCGGCCCGAUCCCUAAGUGUGGUUUGGGUUGAGGGUGCCUGGGGGAGCGGACCAGAGGACAAACGUUGGACAAAACAAUGGUGUCAUUACAUCUGUGGUGUUCGAAAAGAACAUUGUUGUUGUUGUUGUUUUGAAUGGCCCAUACAUGUUGCUCAUAGGCUUGGUCAGGGCAACAAUUCUUACAACCCAACUCACCGAUGCUGAUAUCACACUCGGAAAAAACUAAAUUAAAUCGCACGAUGGCGGAAUUACAGAAGAUGGAUUAUGGCGCUCUGACCGGGAAAGACUUUGGACUGCAAGACUUGAUUGAAACACGUGUCUGAGGAAAACAAAAGACUUAAACAAAACUCAAGCCGAAAGAUCGGUGCCCCGAACCACACUCCCGGCACUAAUUGUUUUGUUUUUCCCAGCAGUUUUCUGCCUUUAUUGGGUGUUAAUGGCCGUGUUAUAAGCAUCUGUGGGUUUAUUUGUGCUAAGUUGUGCUGGACUCGGUUGCUAGGCUCUGUGUUGAAAGACGGCGCGGUGACUCAGACAUUUAUAGCACAUCAGCACAGUUCAGACGAACGAUUUGAUCUGCGAUAAUAACAAGAAGAGUCUGAACAACUGCCCUGGCGGAGUACAAGCCUUGUUCCCCCCCCCCCCCCCCCCCAAACAUGUUUGAGAACGUGUUUUAAUUGCGACCAUCACCUUGUUCCUCAGACCUGUUUUCUGCAUGGGGUUUGAAUUUUCACAUCAGCAUUCGUGCGUCCGCGACUCAACGCUGAUCUCUGAUGCAACGCAGAGAUUCGGUGUAACCGAUGGAUUGACCCUUUCUUUGAAACGUUUUUAGAAUCAAACCACUACAGUGCUUGAAAUAGAAGUGGCCUUUACCUACAAAGCCAGGGUCAGUCUACCACAAUAUGAAUCCAAAUUACUUUGAGGAUGGAAGAAAAAGUUGCCUUAAGUGCAUGGUAUUUGUCAUUCAAUCAUUUACCCCACAACAGAGAGGUUUAAAGAUCCAUAUGUUUUUUGUAUUAUUAUCUUGUAUCAAACCAUAUUAUUUCAUGUCUUUCGUGUCGCUCAAAGAUAGGGAGUGUGGUAAGAGUACAGUAAUGCACCAUUAUAAUGUAUCUUUUUUGAUAGUCUAUUUACUUAUCCAAAAAAAAUGAAAUAUAGUAGAGAACAUGGAAUGUGAAUGGUUUGGAGUAGAUGUGCUCGGAUCUGUUUUGUUUUUUAGUUUGUUAUUUUCCUCUGUCCAAACGAUGUUUACUAUUUAGAGUGACAGUGUACUCAGUGGUCCGGGAUUGUGCUAGGACCUGUAUGCUGACGUUAUGGUUUGAUUAAGCAGUGCUGUGAGGGAUUUCAUUUAGCCCUUCUUUCGGAUUAGAGCAUAUACCCACAACGUUAUCUAUGUAGCAAUGCAUCGAGGGGCUUUUCUUUCUUUGCGAUUUAGGGUGUAAACGAAUAAAAACAUGAAAAAACAAAAAACAAAAGGAAAAGUAUCUUGAGCAUCGUCGGGGGACUGUAGGAACGAGCUGCUCAAUUUACAUCGGUCCCAUAGGGAAAAAAAACAACAUCAACUCAGUAGAGCAUUAUGCAAAAGAAACAGCCACUGUAUUUUUCUACCAUGUGAGAACCCUCUUCGGCCCCGGCCUCCACACACAUGGGUUGAAGGGGGGGCUCAGACUGGAGGCGGCGCUGUAAUAGUUUACGGUACGCGCCGCGUUUCAGACGAUUAACAAAGCGUUCAUUUUGCCCUCGUCUGGAUUUCGAGCUCCUUCCUCGCAGAGAGUUUCUCUUUCUUUCUCUUCUAUUGUAAUCCCCUCUUGCACUUUCUUCUCCGCUUGAUGUUGAUCCACUUGAUCCCUGAUUUGUUAAGGCAACCGUAAAUGACUGGAUUUACAUAAAGAUGAAUUAAAACACUA